UUUGGUUUUCAGCGAAUUUUAUUUUAUUCGCAUAUAUUGCAAUAAAUUAUAGAAUGUAUCUUAUUUAAAUAAAUACUAAAGAUAGAAGAGUUAAUCAUAUAGUACAUUUUUAUUACAAUAAAUUAUACUUUACGCUUACACAAUGUCUAUCGAAAUCGAGUCUGCUGAUGUCAUACGUCUCAUACAACAAUAUUUAAAAGAAUCAAACUUGACGAAAACUCUACAAACGUUGCAGGAGGAAACUGGAGUAUCACUGAACACAGUAGACAGUGUUGACGGAUUUUGUGCUGACAUAAACAAUGGACACUGGGAUACUGUGUUGAAGGCGGUGGCGUCCUUAAAACUACCUGACAAAAAGUUGAUGGACUUGUAUGAACAAGUGGUGCUUGAGCUGAUUGAGUUAAGAGAGCUAGGAGCUGCCCGUACACUUCUACGACAGACUCAACCAUGCCUGCUCAUGAAACAGCAGGAGACUGAUAGAUAUAUGCAUCUUGAGAAUAUGCUGGCCCGUUCAUACUUCGAUCCUCGUGAGGCGUACGGUGGCGCGCGCGGCGGCGGCGGCGGCAAGGAGUGGCGGCGGGCUGCGCUGGCUGCGGCGCUCGCGGGGGAGGUGUCCGUCGUGCCCUCCUCCCGUCUGCUCGCGCUGCUGGGGCAGGCGCUCAAGUGGCAGCAGCAUCAGGGGCUCCUGCCACCUGGUACAACAAUCGAUCUUUUCCGUGGUAAAGCUGCUAUAAGGGAUGAAGAAGAUGACCAGUGCCCUACACAGCUGUCCAAAAUUAUUAAGUUUGGUCAGAAGUCGCAUGUGGAAUGUGCCAAGUUUUCGCCCGACGGACAGUAUCUAGUGACGGGUUCUGUGGACGGACUGGUGGAGGUGUGGAACUUCACGACGGGCAAGAUCCGCAAAGAUCUGCGGUACCAGGCGCACGAGGAGUACAUGAGUAUGGAAGAGGCCGUGCUUAGUCUGGCCUUCGCCAGGGACAGCGAUACACUCGCUGCGGGAUCUAACGAUGGAAAAAUUAAGGUGUGGAAGGUAUCGACGGGCCAGGUGCAGCGCAAGUUGGACCGCGCGCACGCGAAGGGCGUGACGUGCCUGCAGUUCACGAGAGACAACACGCAGAUACUGUCCGCCUCCUUCGACCGCACUAUCAGGAUCCACGGUCUGAAGUCAGGCAAGGUGCUGAAGGAGUUCCGCGGGCACACGUCGUUCGUGAACGAGGCGGUGUUCACGCCGGACGGACACGCCGUGCUCUCCGCCUCCUCCGACGGCACCGUCAAGGUGUGGUCCGUACGUACGGGUGAAUGUACGGCGACGCUAAAGCCGCUGGGGUCCGGCGAGCCGCCGGUCAACUCCCUGCUUCUGACCCCCAAGAACCCUGAGCACUUCGUGGUGUGUAAUCGCACCAACACCGUGGUCAUCAUGAACAUGGCUGGACAGAUCGUGCGGUCGUUCUCGAGUGGGCGGCGCGAGGCGGAGGGCGGGGCGCUGGUGUGCGCGGCGCUCGGCGCGCGCGGCCGCCUCGUGUACUGCGCCGCCGAGGAUCUAGUGUUGUACGCGUUCUGCGCCAACAGCGGCAAACUGGAGCGGACUAUCAACAUUCACGAGAAAGCGGUGAUCGGCAUGACUCACCACCCUCAUCAGAAUCUGCUGGCGACGUACGGCGAGGACGGUCUACUCAAACUUUGGAAACCCUAAGUCUCGUCAAGUGUGUGAUCCACCAAAUGUAGUCAUAAAAUUAUUAUAUUUGUAAGUUGUA